ACUAGUUUACCAACCGCAAAUUAGGAUGCAGAAGAAGAAGACGGUGACACCGGGCAGUCACCAUGGCUCUUUUCUUCUGGUUUUGAGAGGAGCUACAGCCGACAAAAAAUCUAACAGCAGAUAAGGCAUCUGAGCACACGCCUCUGUGCCGGUAAAAGUGCACUGAUGUGAUCAAGACCUCACAAAGUGAGAAGAGCUUGUGGAUGACUAUGUGUACAAGAGAGAGGAACUGACAGGUCCUUGUCACUGCAGGCCAUCCGUUUACAUUGACCCACUGCCCUUUCUCUCUGUGGACCUCAGCCUCGCAGCCAUGCAGAUCAACCCAGUACUCGUGGAGUCUGCUGUGGUAAUUGCCGUGGUACUGUGUGUCCACAUGGCAGUUUGGAACCAGCACUCCUGGUGCAGUAUAGCCCUGGUUAUCCAAGCUUUCUAUGUGCAGCACAAGUGGGACCGUCUGCUCAAGUCAGGGGGUGCCGUGUUUCAGUUCCGCCUUGCAGCAAACAGUGGCAUUGUGCCGGCCUCCAUGGUGAUGCCAUUACUCGGUCUAGCACUGAGAGAAAAAUGCUCAGCUUCAGGGAAUGUCUACUUUGAGCGCUUCUCUAUGGUGAUCACCAUCACAGGCAUGAUGUUGGCUCUGUUUCUCUCCCUGAUUGCACUUGGUAUCACAAGACCCGUACCAACAAAUACCUGUGUGAUUGCUGGCAUGGCUGGUAGCGCCAUUCUGUACACAACGAAACAGACGCUGACCGUGUCCGAGGUCAUCGAGGUCUUGGAAGUACUCUUGAUCUUUGUCUAUCUCAGCCUCAUUGUGCUUUACCUGUUGCCGCGCUGCUUCACUCCAGGAGAGGCGCUUCUCAUUGUGGGUGGAAUCAGCUUCAUUGUGAACCAGCUCAUCAAACGUUCCCUGAACCUGGCAGAGGUAAAAGGAGAUCCGGUGAAUUAUUUCCUGCCAGUGGCUGUGGUGGGUUCACUGUUGCUAGGUGUUUUCUUUGCCCUGCUCUUCUGCUUCAUGGAAUCUGAAACCUGGGUGUCAUCGCUUUUCUUUCACAUGAUGACAGUCGUUCUGGCUCUGGGAAUCCUGAUGCCAUGGUUAUCCCUGUUCAUCGGGAGACACCCCCUCAUGUGGCUGCUGGACUUUGUCACGUUUAAUGAGAGAAGACUCUGUCUGCUGGGAUACUGGGUAUUUCUGGCUAUCGUGGCCACCUGCGUUGUUUUACACCAGAACUACCAACGUGAAUCAGGAUCCAAGAAGCACCAGGCUUCGACUGUGGUCCGCAAGUAUUUUCAUCUGAUUGUUGUGGCCACAUAUGUCCCUGGGCUGAUAUAUGACAGGCAGCUUCUCCACGUGGCAUCAGUGGGCUGCUUGGCCAUCUUCUUAUUCCUGGAAUAUGUGCGUUACUUCCGAAUCAGACCGCUGGGUCAGUUGCUCAGACAGUUGCUCACCUUAUUCCUGGAUGAGCGGGACUCCGGGCCUCUCAUUCUGACCCAUGUCUACCUGCUGCUGGGAAUGUCUCUGCCCAUUUGGCUCUUCCCUGGUCCCUGCACCUCUAAGAAGCUGCUUCCCGGUGCAAGCGGUCUGGUGCCUUAUGCAGGUGUGCUGGCCGUAGGAGUUGGAGACACUGUGGCAUCUGUGUUUGGCAGCACCAUGGGGGAGAUCCGUUGGCCUGGCACUAAAAAAACCAUGGAGGGAACAGUAACAUCAGUGUUUGCUCAGAUCAUUGCCGUGGCUAUAUUCCUCAUCUUCGAUGCAAGCAUUAAUCUGAACGCCACUUACUCAUGGAUUGUUGGCUCAAUCGCUCUGGUGGCCAUGCUGGAGGCGUACACCUCCCAGAUAGACAACCUCUUCCUCCCGCUCUACCUCCUCAUCCUGUUCUUACUUUGACAUUUAGCUAGCACAAAAAAAGAACAGUUGCUCUAAUCAGGUGAGAAGAUGGACGUAUUUAUGAGAAGAAUCCAGAGUGGCGUUACGAAAGAGUCGGCUGCCCAUUUUAUGUGGUAGCAGAUGUGACAUUGGUGUGUAUAAAUUGGUAAUCUUUCACUGAAAUCACAUAAUUUCAACAUCAGUUCGGGUGCUUUGAAGGAGCUCAUCUGUCUACCAUGUUACAAAGACAAGGGAACUGGUCUCAGCUCUUCUGUAUAGGAAUUCAUGCAAUUUUAUUGAUAUAUUGAUUCUCAUAAUUCUGAUUCUUUUUUGAUUUGUCAUUUUCUGAUCAAUUUCUUGUGUUGGGAAAAAAUGUAGAUCUUUUCAGUAUCAAAGCAGCCAUUUUCUUUGUUUCUAGAUGAAUAAUUCCAUGAGACUGUCAUGUCCAUUACCACUUUCAGUGGUCCUGCUGUGACUUAUGCAGUAGCUAAUCCCAGAGAAUUAUGGCUUGUCUUUUAUUUCUUUAUCUGGUUGAGAAUAAGAAGUCUCUGUGAUGACCAGAUCACAGCCGGACCAUUGAAAGUGGUAACAAACGAAUAUGACAACCUCAUGGAAUUGCCCGGUUGCAGACUUUGGCGUCAUGACAUUAAGACACCAGAUUUGCGACAUCAAAUUGGCAUUGGGAAGAGUUAUUGGUAAUGACUGAGGCAUUCCAACGGGUGAAAAAUUUGCUGGUUCUCAAGUUCCAGUUCUAUGGUGACAGCAGAGAGGUGUGGUUUCAGUGCAUAUCACCAUUACACUGAGCACAAUUAUGUAAGGCAAGGUGGACAGUGCCCUUCAUACACACACUGAAGACAGACCUGGAUGGUAUAGAUGCUGUUAAAUUACAUUUUCUUCAUUAGUGAGAUGUGUUGGUCUUCUGUAGUACAUUGUCAUGUUUUUGAACACUGUUACAUGCCUUUGUAUUGCCUUUGAAGAACAUAAUUUAAAUGCUAGCGUUUGCUUUCAAAAUCAACCUUUUCAUUGUUAUAGCACUGUUUUGCAUCUCCGAUUGGCAAUAUGAAGGACUGUAGAGCGUAUUUGCUUUAACAAUGCUAUAUUCUAUUAGUAUUGUAGAUGAAAGCAUGACACUUGGCAAGAAGCCCUUCUGAAACAAGGCAAGUUUAUACUUGGAUGUGGAAGAAACUCAUGAUGCAACAUUGCUCAUGCAUGACACUAAUGUGAAAUCCUCUACUCUAACACACAGGUAUCAUAUGUUUUUGUGUGGUAAAUCAGCUUUCUUCAAAUGGGCCAUCCAUCCAUCCAUAUUUGGAAUUCGCUAAUUCCAUUUAAGGAUUACAGGAGCUGGAGUGUAUCCCAGCAGUCAUUGGGCAAGAGGCGAGGUACACCCUGGACAGGCUGCAGUCUAUUAUAAGGCUCAAAGAGGUCAUAUUGUGCAAAACUGGUUGCACAUCUACCUUUUACAGUUUCCUCUAUUGGGAUUCAUGAUAAACUUUGUCAAAGUCUCAUUAUUCUGUGACAGUACUUGUAAGAAUUGUCCUGCUGUGAGUGAUGAUUUGGUUUCAAACAAUUUGUUUUAACGUGUGAUGGAUAGAAGUCCAUCUCUGUAGUCCUGUUUAAUAUGACCCAGUCUGGACCAUGUGUGGCACACCCACAUACCCUAGAGGAGAAUGAGGUGAGGAGGGCGUGGCAAGGAAUGGGUUUUUAUUUAAAGUGAUAAACACCAAAAAAUUGGAGACCCAGAUUUUUUUAAUAAGCACUAUCUGUGUUUAUGGCUGCAGUCUUUAAUAUUUGUUUUGAACACACCUAGCCUAGCUUGUUGAGAAGUGUUUGUCACCCUUAAUAUUUCUGUGAUUUCAUGGGACCCAUAAGAGGUAAACUUGUCUUACAGUAUAACUACAGAGAAUUUCCUUUUGAUACUGAGCCUGGUAACUGUGUGUGUGUGCGUGCGUGCAAAUGAUGAAUCGUAGGCUAUUUAAAAUAGGUUUCUUUAUUGAUGUUUUAUCCCAAUCUAUUUAAUUUUUGGAAACUUCUUCAAAAUUCAUCAGCUUGGUUCCCAUUCUCAGAUGACGGUGCUGGACUGCUGGUAUACAUUAUAAUUUAUUAGCACAUUGUGUUUUUGCCAUUUCAUUUUUCAUUGUCUGAAAUGUCUUACUGCAAGUAAUUGCACUUUGACUUACACGAACAUGAACAAAUGUUAACUUUGUUCACUUGAAGAGAGGUAUGGAUGUUGUGCUGCAGUUUCUAUUUCACAUGUAAGGCUGAAAUUAUUUUCGUGUCACAUGCACUAUUGUGCAUAAGUCUUAAGCACCCCCAUUGCUUCUGUAUAAAUGUUGUUUUUUUGUGAUAUUUCUUAUUGCUAGUAAAAGACCAAUAUGGAAUUUAUGAAUGUUAAUUUUUAAAGUUUUUUUUCUAUUUUAUUAAAGAAACAGACAUUGAGAUUCAGAAAAAUCUGAAAACUUAUUUUAUAAGCUCAUGCUCCACAAAAACUACAAAUAGGAUAAAAAUCAAUGAAUUUGGUGUUUUUGUUAAAUGAGUUCCCAGAGAAAUGUUAAAUUAUAAAGGUAAAAGGUAGUUGCACCGGCUUAUUUUUAUUUAAAAUGUUUAAUACUUUUAUAAUUUCACAUUUACCAAUUAUUCUUUUUUCAGAUCAUGCGUAAGACUUUUGCACAGUACUGUACGUCUUCAAAUGAACAUAUUUUUUAAAAGUGAAAAUGCUCUUUGUGUCUAUUUAAAAAAAAAAAAAAAUUGCACUCCCACAUUGACACAAUUUUGAAAUUUUUCAAACUAACAAUUUGACACAGUUUAGACCUUGAAUAAAAUGUGUAAAUAUGAUUGGUAACAUGGAGUAUCCUUUGAAUUUUU